AACAAGACACACAUGUGGAAGAAUCAUCAUGAAGACUUUCAAUCUGUGCUUACUACUAAGUCUGGCAAAAGUAGUUUACUCGUUGCCAAUAUCGCCACCUACUGAAGAAGAUGAAGCUGUUGCAGAGACCUACCUUAAGAGUUUCUACAACCUGACAGAGGAGACAGGUCCGUCAGUCAGACGGGGGCCCAGCCAGAGGAGCAGGAAAGUCAGCGAGAUGCAGAGGUUUUUUGGCCUAAAGGUGACAGGAUCAUUGGACACUGAGACUGUAACAAUGAUGAAGAAGCCACGUUGUGGGGUACCUGAUGUCCACCUCGGUCGUUUCUCCACCUUCGAUAACCUUAAGUGGCAAACGAACCAGCUUACUUACAGGAUUGAGAACUACACUCCUGACAUGUCUGAAGCUGAGGUAGACAACUCCCUAGAGAGAGCACUGCAAGUGUGGGCCAAGGUUUCUCCCCUGAGGUUCACCCGCAUCUACAGUGGCACUGCUGACAUCAUGAUUUCUUUUGGAGCAAAAGAUCACGGUGAUUUCUACCCCUUUGAUGGACCUGAUGGCACCCUGGCCCAUGCAUUUGCCCCUGGCGCCAACAUUGGAGGAGAUGCUCAUUUUGAUGAUGAUGAGGACUUCAGCUUCAGCUCAAACAGAGGGUACAACCUGUUCUUGGUGGCUGCCCAUGAGUUGGGUCAUUCCCUCGGUCUCAGCCACUCCAAUGACCCUGGAGCACUGAUGUACCCAAUAUACAGCUACACAGACCCCAGAACCUUCUCACUUCCCCGCGAUGACAUCAAUGGUAUCCAGUCCAUCUAUGGCCCAAACCCAGAUGUGAAACCCAAUCCAGACAAGCCAGGCCCUACACCCCCUUCCACCCCUGAUGCAUGUGACCCCACCCUGGUUCUGGAUGCUGUCACAACACUGCGUGGAGAGAAGAUGUUCUUCAAGGGCAGACUCUUCUGGCGUAGUUACUCCCAGAGCAGCCAAACACAGCAGAACCUCAUCAAGACCUUCUGGCCCAAACUCCCUGAGAACAUUGAUGCUGCGUAUGAGAGCCUGCUAUCUGACAAAGUGUUCCUCUUCAAAGAUCAUCAGGUCUGGGCUCUCAACGGAUAUGACAUAGUCCAUGGCUAUCCAAAGAACUUGAAAAAGAUGGGUCUACCAAGUACUGUGAAGAAAGUGGAUGCUGCCCUGUACGAUGAAGAUUCUGGAAAGACCUUGUUCUUUGUUGGUGAAUACUACUACAGUUACAAUGAAGAAAAGAAAAAGAUGGACAGGGGUUUCCCAAAGCGUGUGGAUGAAGGAUUCCCAGGCAUGACAAGCAAAGUGACUGCAGCCUUACAGGUCCAAGGAUACACCUACCUCUUCAGUGGUCCCAAUGUGUUUGAGUACAACAUGCGGACAAAGAGACAAUCCCGCGUUCUAGGAAACAGUUACUUCCUGCCCUGUUAGCAUAUCAACCUCCAUGAGCUGUUUAAGUAACACCAAUGAAUGUAGCAAAAUGAAAAAUAUGUAUUUUCCUCAUUUAUUUUUUUCUGUGUUUUUACAGAUGUUUUCUAUGAAAUA